AUGAAGGCAUUAGUGCUCACCCUCCUCUUCCUCCUCACUGCACCCAGUGAAGCCAAAAUAUAUUCCAGAUGUGAACUGGCGUCAGUUCUGAAACAAAAAGGGCAGGAUAGAUAUCUGGGCCAGUUGGACUACUGGAUAUGUAUGGCUUAUUAUGCAAGCAAGUUCAACACCCAAGCUGUGGACGUGCAUAGAAGUGGCUACUAUGGGAUUUUCCAGAUUGCUAACAAACAUUGGUGCACAGAUGACAAGUUCCGUCCAACACAUGGCUGUUAUAAACCUUGCAGUGCUUUCAUAGAUGAUGACAUCACAGAUGAUAUUGCUUGUGCUAAGCGUAUUUGGAUAAGUCACCUACCGAGAACGACCUGGUGGCCCUGGACCAAUAACUGCAGAGGACCAAAUAUGUCAAAAUGGAGCAGAGGCUGCAAGGGCUGAGAUUGAUGCUCCUGCAUAGCUCUUCCUCCU